CUAUAUUAAAUAUAGGUUAUAUUAUAUUACACAAAUUUUGUGUUUUGUAUUUGUAUAUUAUACUUAUAAACUCGUGUUUUAUGGCUGCUAUAGUCAGUCGUUCCAUUCUAUUAUCUUAGUGGUUAAAAUGUACUUUAAUAUUAUAUUUACUUACAAAUUAUUUUACCUUUUCAACUUGUUUAUCCUCUCCCUGUCGGACUGCGGUUGCGGCCUAAACAGAGCAGAGGAAUGCAGUAGUACACAGGAAAACGAAAUCAAACCCAACAAUAAGUAUUCCAAAGAUGUAAAUUCAAACUCACCACACCAAUCGAAACUGAGCCACUCUAACAUGCAAUUAAUCAGGAAGGGCACCUUUGAAAUGGGCACCAACAAACCGAUUUUCAAGGGAGAUUUUGAAGGACCCGCUCGCAAUGUCACCAUCGAACAAGAUUUCUAUUUGGACACUUACGAGGUUUCCAACCGAGACUUUUAUGACUUUGUUAGGGAAACGGGUUACAAAACUGAAGCGGAAACAUUUGGGGAUAGUUUCGUAUUUGAAAUGGCUCUGCCCGAGGGUCAGAGGGACUUGUAUCAGGACAUAAGGGCUAGUCAGGCCCCUUGGUGGAUAAAAUUGAACGGAGUCACAUGGAAACAUCCGGAAGGGCCAGGUUCUACUAUCGAAGACAGAAUGACCCAUCCGGUGACCCAUGUGUCCUGGAACGAUGCAGUGGCGUAUUGUCGACAUUUUGGCAAAAGGUUACCGACAGAAUCGGAGUGGGAAAUGGCAUGCCGCGGUGGCCUGAAACAAAAAUUGUAUCCUUGGGGAAACAAAUUAAAUCCCAAAGGCCAACAUUGGGCCAACAUAUGGCAAGGGGAUUUUCCGAAAGUGAAUACGGCCGAAGACGGUUAUUUGUUUACAUGUCCGGUCGAUGAGUUUCCUCCGAAUAAGUUUGGACUGCAUAAUAUGGCCGGGAACGUUUGGGAAUGGGUACAGGAUGGUUGGCAGACAGAUCCAGAGAACUCUAAGGUGAAAAAAGGAGGAUCCUUCUUGUGUCACGAAUCGUAUUGCUGGAGGUAUCGGUGCGCAGCGCGAUCGACGAACACGAAAGACAGUUCGGCAGGGAAUUUGGGGUUCAGAUGCGCCGCGGAUGCCAGAUAGCGACAUUUUUCACUUCAGAUAUUUAGGAAUUAAAAUAUUUUUUAAAUAAGAAUUGCUUUAAACGUUCCUUUUUGCAUAAAUUAACAACAUGGAACUAUGGACACUCGACAAUAGGAAUAUUUGAAAAAGAUCUAUAUGAAAUAAACUAAAUGAACCUCCAAAAAACCAAAGUAAAUGUAACAAUAAAAAACACUUAAAUACUAUUAAAAGGAAGUGCUGCUUUUGA